AUACAUAGGAGUGCCUUUUAUAUUAGGGAUACUAAAAAAUAACUUUCAUAUUAAAUUACAUUUUUGAAUAAAUUGUCCUUGUUAACCCGGGCGCUAAACAAAAGUGUGCUGCUUCUUCAGCAUUGUAGUCGUGUUGACGAUUUGCAUUUUGUGUGAUUGUCAAAAGCAGGCCAAGAUUUUCUUAUGCUCACUAAAUUUUGUGAGUGUGACCCAAUGUUAAUAGAUAUUAGCAGUGCUGGAAGCAAAGGAAAGAAAAAAUUAUUAAAUACACAAUACCUUGAUUAAAUGCGCUAAUUCCCAAGUAACUAAAAACAAAUUCUUGGAGAACGUCAAGCAGGCACGCGUAACAUGAAUAUGGACUCGCGUUUCGGACGCAGUUUUUCUAGUGGCAACGGCGGCGGUAGCGGUAGAAGUAAUGCUGGCAAUCAACAUAGACGCUAUAGUCGCUCCCGUUCGCGUUCUCAUGAACAGUCCCACAGACUUCGCGAAACCCGCUCCCGUAGUGGUGACCGCUAUCAUCGACAUGGUGGCAGUGCAGAUAAGGAUCUUUAUCGUGAUCUUAUCAAUGAUGAUUAUAAUGAAGACAGAGGCAGCAACUUUAACUCGCGCAACAACCACGAGAACGAGCAAGAACGCAAUUACAGCCGGGAUAAACGCGUUUACAAUCGUCGCGAAGAGAACGCUGAGCGUGACCAGAACAGAGAUAGAGAGCGCGAGCGAGAUCGAGAUCAACGGUGGAAAAACUAUGAUCGGGAGCGCAACACGGACUACGACAGAAGUACAGAGCGAAGCCGCGAUACACGUAAUGGGAAUGUGAGCGGCACCAAUAGUCGCGAACGUGCUAAGCGUUAUUCAGAUGAAGAGAGCUUCCGCAGCGGCGAGGAUAGUUACGACAGCGAUGAGAGCGAUGACAGUCAAUUUCGGCGCAAUCACAUACGCACCAGCAAUGAGGCCCUAAACCAAAUUAUUAUUUUUGGUCUGAAAAAACACAUCACUGAAGCAGACAUAAUGGGCGCACUCAUUCAGGUGAACAUGGAGCCUUCAUCAAUACGUCUCAUACGCAAACGACCUACAGGUGCAUCACGCGGUUUCGCAUUUGUCGAGUUUAAUACUGUUGAGGAAGCAAAACGUUGGAUGGAAUUAACUCAGGGCUCGCUGAAGCUGGGCGAUCAACGUGUCUCACUGCAAUACAGCCACAAGCGUAUCACAAGUACCGAUUGGCAUUGCAUUAAGUGUGGCGUUUACAAUUUUAAGCGUCGCUUCAGUUGUUUCAAGUGCAACUCGCCACGUUCGGAAAGCGAGGGUUUCUUCAACACCGGCCAGGGCGAGGGUGUAUAUGAGAUUAGUCCGAUAUUAACAAAAAAGAUCAUGCUGCGCAAUCUGGAUGCGCUAACAAAUGAGGAGGGCGUUUUGAGUGCUCUGCAAAACUUACUGCCGAAGCUAGCCAAGACCAUACAAAAAGUGCUCAUCAGUCGGGAUUCUCUUACACAGACAUCGCGUGGAUAUUGUUAUCUAACCUUUGAGACACUAAUAGAUUCCAUGGAUGUUCAUAAUGUACUCACCGCUCUCCAGCCGCCGCUACGCAUUGAUGAUCGUGAUGUUACUGUCAGUUACUGUGUAGACAAUGAGAAUCAGCAAGUUGUCUCAAAGAAUGCUCAGAAUGGUCUAUUAGGUGCUGCACUGCCCAAUGAAGGCAACGGCAUGUAUACCUUAGCCGAUGUGCCACGCCUUGCAGAAUACAGCGCUGGACUAUAUGCCUCGACCCCAGCAGAGCAUGCACACUAUUUGGAAUAUUACACGGAAUACUAUACGGCUGAGAUCAAUAAAGAGACUGUCGGCCACAGUGAAAGUGGCGCUGAGCCUCUGGUAACUGAAGCAAACUCCGGUGCAGCUGUCGCACUCUCGGCAAUACAACGAAAGCAAAAGAAGAUGAGCACCAUUGAGACAACUGCAACCGCAGCGGCUACAGCGGCUGCACAGGCAGCAGCGGCGGUAAAAGCUUCUUUUGCCCCGCCGCAGCUGGUGGCGCCCAGAGGUAACGAUGGCAAGAUUUAUCCUCCACCCGAUGUAUCGCGGUAUCAGUAUGAUGAAACUUCUGGCUAUUAUUACGAUCCUAUUACGGGUUUGUAUUAUGAUGCGCACUCGCAGUACUACUAUAAUAACGAAACGGGCGCCUACUUAUACUGGGAUCAGCGCCGUAGCACAUAUAUUCUGGCUACCCCCGCUUCCACACAGGCAGCAUUGAAGGAGUCGCUAGCACUGGAAUCACAGGCCGAGCAAAAGGAUGAGGAUGCUGGCAAGAAGGAGAAAAGCAAGGAUAACAAGCAUGACAAGGUGAAAGUGGCAAAGAAAAUAGUGAAGGACAUGGAAAAAUGGGCCAAGCAAUUAAACGAGAAGAAAGAUUACACUGUGGUUGCUACACCACAGCCUAUACUACCAAGUCGUAGUGGGUCGGUGACCGAUGGGCCAAGUACAUCACGCACAGCAGGUGGCUCCUAUGCAGAUGUGGGCUUUUCAAUAUUGGAAAAGAAAGAGCGUGUUAAGCUAAACGAGUUUCCUGGGCCUGCAACCGCUUCAAUGAAUAAGCUCGUUAAUGCAUAUGGUGGCGGCUCAGACUCUGAGGAGGAACACAACUCACAAGCUAUUGGCGCAAUAGAUGGCGGCGGUGCUGGUUCUGGUGUUGUUAACGAUGACUUAGAAUAUGCCGAUUUUCAGCGUUUAACAUGCCUGCUCUGCAAGCGGGCCUUCCAAUCUCUGGAUAUAUUACAGAAGCACAUCAAAAUGUCAAAUUUGCAUAAGGAAAAUUUGGCUAAAGUCAAAAUGGCUGACAGCGGUGGAAACGGAGCCUACGAUGACAGCAUUAACUCGGCUUUAUCUUACCGCGAUCGUGCCAAGGAGCGCCGCUUAAAGUAUGGCGAGGGUGACCCGCCGCCACCAAAUCGCAGUCGCGAGCGCUUCGAGCAUGAGAUCAAGAGUAUGCAGACGCGUCAGAAAGAUGCUGCUCCAGCCAUGCCUAUUAGUUCCAGCAAUGUUGGUAAUCGCUUGCUGCAAAAAAUGGGCUGGUCCGAGGGUCAGGGGCUUGGGCGCAAGAACCAGGGACGCACACAGAUUAUAGAGGCUGAAGCUCGCUCCAAUAAUGUAGGUCUAGGUAAUAGAAGUGCAACUUUGGCCCCUGGUGAUGAUUACAAAACGUACAUCAAGAAAAUGAUGAAGUCACGCUAUGAGAACGCAUAAUGUUGAUUCGUUAUAUAUGUAUUUAUUGUUCUCUUUUGCUCAUAAACACUUCAUUACGUUUAAAUUGUUUUCAUUUGUCUUUUACAAGAAGAUUUGCCUCAGACCUCGUGAACAUUACAAAUUUGUUAAAAUACUUAGCUUAAUUAUUGCUUAGGAACUUAGCGUAAUAAUAAACAGACUGUAAAUAAUGUUAAAUUUUCUUCCUCUUAAAUAAAUUAUUGGCAAUGCA